AUUGAGGAUACGUUUCAAAGUGAAACAGUUCUAUUGUUUUGUGUUGGAGUGACCGUACCCUUAUCGUAGUCGUGAAGCUAAAUCUUAGGGACUAGAUUUAACCUGUACUGGAAAUAUUCUACGUGAUCAGAUUACUUAAGUGAAUUGUAGGAUAGUUUGUUAAUUUAAUUAUAAGAAAUUUAACGUGUGAGUUUAUUUUUAACUUAAUAGAAGGUAGUGUUUCUUCAUUGGUUGAAUUCCUAGCGGAAAUUAGUUUGUUUGUCUACAGAGAUCACUGGAGAUUAAUCUCGAGAGCCGGCUACUUGAAGGCUGGUUCACAUGGCUCCUGGGCCGUGAGACCGGCAGAUCUUGGAUUAUCAGAUUCGGUCCGGAAGGAUUAAGGAUUACCUUUGUUGAGGAUUAGCCCGGCCUGCGAGGAGGAUUAACCAGGAGUUGACCAGUCUACGCGGGGGAGUAUGUAGCCGUCUGUAGCCUAUGUAGCCGUCUGCAGUCCUUCAUGUCCGUGUCAUCCAUACGUCAUGGACUUUCGCCCGUCUGGCGUCUCGUCAUGAACCUUCGCCCCUGUGACGUAGUGAGGGCCGGUCGCCGUCAAAUGGCGGGGCAACUUUUCUGGGCCUGCCUCGUCCUGCUAGUCCUGCCCCUGGGGGGCCUCGGCACUGACCGCUGUCCCCGGGAGUGCGACUGCAGGUCACGUGGUUUUGUUGACUGCAGUUUCAGGAACUUGAACUAUGUCCCGCGGGGGAUACCAAAACACGUGCAGAGACUUGACCUUCAAGGAAAUAAUUUAACGGUUAUUCGCAAGACUGACCUUCAGGGAUUAUCCAACUUACGAAUUCUGCAGCUGUUGGAUAAUCAGAUCGAAAGUGUCGAGAAGGGGGCGUUCCAAGAUCUCUCUUCGGUGAUACGAUUGCGUCUUGACCGGAACGAGCUGAAGACGUUACCAGAUCUGUUGUUUGCCUCCAUGACCAAACUGGAAAGACUAGAUCUCAGCUAUAACAACAUCCAAUACAUCGGGAGGAAAACAUUGAAGAGCUCUUCUCUACUGAAAAACUUACAACUGGACCACAAUCAACUAAUUUGUAUAUCUGAUGUGGCCAUCAGGCACCUAAAGAACAUGGAAAUUUUGACGUUAAGUAACAACAACCUGACGUCAGUGUCAUCCAACCUUUUUGAAAACAUGAGGUUGCUGCGUAUCCUGCGCAUCAACGACAACAAGCUGGUGUGUGACUGUCACCUGGCUUGGUUCGCCCGCUGGCUGAGGAAGAACCCCAGUCUAGGGAUGUUCACUGAGUGCCACCAGCCGCUACACCUGAGGAACGCUGAGCUCACGGAGCUACAGGACAUUGACUUCAAGUGUGAUGCCACGUUUGAGAACCGGCACGCCGUGGAAUGUGUGGAGGAGAACCUCUGUCCCAGACAGUGCCGCUGUGUGGACGGCAUCAUCGACUGCAGAGAUAAGGGCUUGACUCAAAUUCCAGAGAACAUUCCAGAGUCUGUUAUUGAGAUCCGGCUGGAGGAGAACCACAUCACUCAAGUUCCUGCGAGGGCAUUUGCCGACUUAACCAGUUUGAAAAGAAUAGAUUUGGGCAACAACCAGAUAUCCUACAUUGCUCCCGAUGCCUUCUCGGGCCUACAUUCACUAAACUCUCUGGUCUUGUACGGGAACAAGCUGAAGGAGCUACCCCCCGGGCUGUUUAAUGGGCUGACUUCCUUGCAAUUACUUCUUUUAAAUGCCAACAAACUCAGUUGUGUAAGAGUCGACGCUUUCAAGGAUUUGACAAGCCUUAAUCUCUUAUCUCUUUACGACAACAACAUCCAAUCACUGGCCAACGGGACAUUUUCGCCAUUGGUCAAAAUUCAAACCAUCCACCUGGCCAGGAACCCGCUAAUCUGUGACUGUAACCUGAAAUGGCUGGCCAACUUCCUGGAGAAGUUUCCCGUGGAGACCAGUGGUGUCCGCUGUCUCUCGCCCCGGAGGGUCAGGAGGAAGAAGAUAAACCAGCUCCGUCCAGAGAAGUUCAAGUGUAAAGGGUCAGAACAUCACCGGACCAAGAAUGCCGGCACGUGCAUGAUUGACCGCGAGUGUCCAGCCGAAUGUGUGUGCAUGGGCACGACCGUGGAGUGCUCAAAACGAGGCUUGACGGAAAUACCCGAAGAUAUUCCCAUGUACACCACGGAGUUAAAGCUGGGAUCCAAUAAGAUAGCUCGCGUCAAGGCGGAUGGCUUGUUCAAACGUUUGCCCAAUCUCCAAUUGUUGGACUUAACUGAUAACGUGAUACAUGAGAUUGAAGAUGCAGCCUUUGAGAAGGCUGACAUGCUCAGUGAUUUACAACUGUCCAACAAUGAUCUGUCACAGCUGUCAGGGAAAGUGUUCCAGGGCCUUCCAAAUGUGAAAACUAUUAUGCUGCGUGGAAACAAAAUUACAUGUAUCAACAAUGUGACCUUUACUGAGACGCCUCGCCUGAGACUUCUCUCUCUCUAUGAUAACCAGAUUAGGUGUAUCAUGAAAAGUUCUUUUGAUAGACUUCAUUAUCUUUCUACACUCAACCUGAUGGCCAACCCAUUCAACUGUAACUGCCAUUUAGACUGGUUGUCAGACUGGUUGAAAAAGAGAAAUGUUAUCACAGGGUCGCCCACUUGUACGGCCCCCAGUGCUGUGAAGAACACACCCAUACAAGACCUUUCACCUAAAGAUUUUGUCUGUGAAGAAAACAAUGAACUUGGUUGCCAUGUUGGAAUUCAGCCAUGUUGUCCAGACAGUAACAUGGUUAUUGUUGAGAACAGCUGUGACCCCAGGGCCUACUGCCCCCCAAAAUGUACGUGUACAGGAACUGUUGUCAGAUGCAGUAACCAGCAAAUACAGGAGGUGCCAAAGUACAUUCCACUAGAUACAACAGAACUGUAUCUUGAUAAAAAUGGAAUAACAAAAGUUCCUUAUGACAUUGGGCUCUUAACUAAUCUCAAAAGACUAGAUCUAAGCCACAACAAAAUAGUGACACUACCUUCUCAGAUAUUCUCUAACCUCACCCAGCUGUCAACACUAAUUUUGAGCUACAACAAUCUACAAUGCAUUUCUGAAACAAGCUUUUCCAAUCUUCAAAAUCUUCGAAUUUUAUCACUACAUGAAAAUAAUGUAUCCUCCAUACCCUAUGGAGCAUUUGACAGCUUGAAGUCACUAUCCCACAUAGCUCUAGGAGGCAACCCCUUGUUCUGUGACUGUAAACUCAAAUGGCUGUCUGACUGGAUUAAAAGAGAUUUCAUUGAGCCAGGAAUCGCAGUGUGUAACGGCCCACUGGCUAUGAAAUCUAAACUCCUCCUCAGUUCACCAUCUUCAGAUUUUGAGUGCCGCGGGGACCCUGAUCCUAUUGUUGCUCAAAAAUGUGACGUCUGCCUCACCAACCCCUGCAAGAAUGGCGGCAAAUGCAGCACUGUGGAGUUCAAAAAUUUCAAAUGUGAAUGUACUCCUGGUUACCAUGGAGAUGUCUGCGACCAGCAGAUUGAUGCCUGUUUUGGAAACCCAUGUAAUAAUGGUGGCAAGUGUGAAGUUCUGGAGCACGGCAGGUUCAGAUGCCAGUGUCUGAAAGGUUUUGAAGGAGACAGAUGUGAAACCAACAUUGAUGACUGUGUGACAAACAGGUGUCUGAAUAAUGCAACCUGUGUAGAUGAAAUAGAGACUUAUUCUUGUAGAUGCAGAGAAGGAUAUACUGGGAAAUGGUGUGAAAGCUCUAUACCAUUCUGUAAAGAAGGUUUCAACUAUUGCGUUAAUGGUGCAACAUGCGUGGCUAAAACUGCUGGUUAUAGUUGUGAGUGUUCCCCAGGCUACACUGGCAAAAACUGCUCCGACAACAUCGAUGAUUGUAAGUCACAUGCGUGUCUUAACGGCGCUUCAUGUGUAGAUGGCCUGGACUCGUAUACAUGCAUGUGCUCCCCCGGCUACUCUGGCCGCUUUUGUGAGAUAGCACCAGUACUGGACUUAGUACCGCUACCCAAUUCCCAAGAAAGUGCACCGGCCUGCCGGCUGCACGAGUGCCAGAAUAAUGCAGUGUGCUACCAGCCGGCCGGUUCGCCUGAUUAUAAGUGUAAAUGCCCUCCAGGUUUUGAUGGCAAAAAAUGUGAAAAGUUGUCCAGUGUGUCGUUCAAAGAAAAAGAUUCCUACGUUAAGUUGCCGAGGGUAGAUUUCCGCCAGGAGACAAACAUAUCCAUCACAUUUUCAACCAAAAGCCACAACGGCAUCCUGCUGUAUGCCGGGGAACAGCAGCAUGUUGCUGUUGAGCUGUUCCGGGGCCUGAUCAAAGUUAGUUUUGACAUAGGCAACUACCCGGGGUCCACGAUGUUUAGCUACGAGAGAGUGGACGAUGGCCACACCCAUCAGGUCACAAUGAUCAUCAACCAGAAGAAUUUCACCAUGACCAUUGACAACAAUAACGCUUCUCGUACUAUUAUCAAUGAAGGGGCCAUCACUCACUUGGAUCUUCAUGACUCACUCUACCUGGGGGGUCUGCCAAGUAUCAUCAAUGCACAGGCUUUCAAAAAGUGGCACAUUAAAGACAGUAGCAGUUUUAUAGGCUGCUUCCUGAAGGUGUAUAUAAACAACAAGCAAGUAGAUCUGCUGUCUGCGCAUGAGCGCUACAAGGUUAUCCCCGGCUGCGACUCUGUCAGCCAAGACCCGUGCCACAACAACCUCUGCCAGAAAGGGAAAUGUAAACCACGCCGCAGAAAACCAGGCUACCGAUGUAAAUGCAACCGUGGCUAUUCCGGUACAUACUGUGAUAGAGCUUCACUUUCCUCAACGCCUGCCUGCAAGAUUGUUGCUGAUAAAAAUUAUUUCAUUGACCCCACCACGAAAUGUAAAUCAAGGACAAAAAUAAAGUUUAGAACCUGCGCAGGAUCGUGUCAUACAGGCUACUGCUGCAACCCCAAAAAAAUAAAAAACAGGAAGGUGCGCUUGUAUUGUGAUGACAGAAGCAGUUACAUGUAUGAAUUGCAAAUGAUUCGAAAAUGUGCUUGCAAGAAGUGUGUCAAAAAGUAAUAGUCCCAUAUCAAUAACUCUUAUGGUGGUCCAUAAAAGAUGUCACGCUUUUUUUUUUGUCAUUUGUACUAGAUAAAUUUAGAACUUUAAAAAAAUUGCAGCAGGUCAAUAUAAGAUUCAGUGAUAAAUUUGCAUAAUUUACACACAAAAAUCAUUUAUUUUCAAACUAACUGCUAAAAUUUAGUUUUUUUUUAAAAAAACAACCUUAAAAUGAAAAAAAAAUGUUGCAUUUCUUUAACCCCCACUCUCACAGGAGCGUGAUUCACUUUAUGGACCACUACUUAUUUGCCAAAACCUUUAUGUUUAUUAUAUAAACACAAAUAACUAGAUUGAUGCUGAAUUGAAUUUCAGAACUUCUAAUUUUAAUGUGAUUAUAUUAGUAUUCAAUUGAACAUACAAAUGGUUCAAAUGAAAAUACUUUUUAAACAAAUUAAAACCAUUUCUCAAAGUCUUUUAAUUGUUUUGAUAUAAGGAACAAUUCUAACAAGGUAAUAACUUUAGUCAUCAGCUAUUUUUCAGUGCUUAUUUUCUAAUUGAUGUAAAAAGUAAGAAUAGGAGCAGAGCCUCUCUGGCAUUCUCUAUUUUUUGUAAGUCUCUUUUACAUUUUGUAAAAGCAUGAGUUAUUCAGUUAGAAGUUGAUAGGUUUUUUUUUAUUUUACUAACAUUUUUAUUAUAAAAAAAAAUAAAUCACAUUUCAGAAAAUCAAUUUUUCAUACAAGAGCAAUUAUCCCCAUUAAAAAAGUAUGUGUUCAAAGAAAUAGACAUAAUGUGCUAAGACAAAUACACUACCUCAAAAUAUGCUGCUUAUUAAACCAAAGUAAUUCUUGUAUAGAGCAUUUCUUUAUUCUUUUUGAAUUUACAUUUAUGCCUGUUUGAAAAUUAUCAAUUAGCAUUAUUUAAACUGCCUAUUUUUUUAGUUUUAAAAUAUUUCUUUUUGACAUUAAGAAAUAGUGUAGUGAAAAUACUCUUGAACUCUAAUCUUUGCCUUAAAACCUUAAAAAUAGUUAAUAGAAUAGAUGCUAUCAAUAUUGAUUUUAAUCUUAAUAAAAUAAAUGUUUAUUAAAAUGCACCUUACUGUUAAGAUUUGCUGCUUAGUUUUAGCUAGGAAUUAGGCUAAACUGAGCUUGCAAUAUUUGACAAUAACAUCUCAAGUGCAAUCUUAAUGGUUUUAUUACCAACUAAUUGAAGUCAGUAAAUUUGUUUCAUGUUGACACUGGUUGUUUGUCUUAUGUCAGCCAAUAUAAUGAUCUUUAUUACUAACUUCUUGUGGUGCAGUGAUUAAUUAUCAUUCUAUACAUUGUCCAGCAUUUGAAUUAUUAAAUUAAAUGAUAAAACAUUUUAUAUUUUUGCUUCUUGUUAUAACAUAAUUAAUGAAAAAGCACCAAAAGGAGGCCUAUAUUAGGAAAGAUAUACAAUAAUUGUUUCUACAAAGUAGGGUUUAAGUAACUGCAGUUAUAAAGAUUAUGCCCUCUUGAGUUUUGUUUACAUUUCGAAGCUAAACAUUUAUUUACCAUUAUAGAAAAGAUUUCCAAAACUUGGCUAGAUUUUAAAAUACAUAACAAUUCCUAAAAUAUGUUAAUCAAUCAUUUGUACAGUAAAGAGUGAAUGUCUGUAAGCUGUCUAGUCUACACACCCAAAACAAAUUUAAAAUUCCUUCACAAGAUUUGUGAUGGAAUGUCUUCUUUCAUUUAUUUGAUUUAGGGAAACUGGCAAGCUGUUAUUCAGUUUUUCAUGUUCAUAUUUGUCAUGCCUACAGAAUCCCUCAUACAAACAUUUCAAAUAAAUGUUACCAUUUAAUGAAAAUCAAGGUAAACUAAAAUAUUGCAUUUAAUAUUAGGAGAUGGUCUUACAGAGUGUACAACUGGCAAGAAAAAAAAAUGUUUUAGUUGAAACAAUGCCAAAGUUUGUGUUGAAAUACAAUACAUCUGUAAAUACAUGUAAUAUGUUUUUGUACAUAUGACAUAAGUCAUACAUCAGCUAAUUAUUUGUAGAUUUGGUAAUUGUCAUGUAUUUAUUAUAUUGUAUUUUUAGAUAAAUUUAGAAAAAAAUAGACUAAUAUGUAUGUAUGUGCAAAAAUGUGUUCAUACAUAUAUGCUGUUUAUUUAGUAAUAUACAUAUGUGUAUAAUAUAAUUAUUAAAUGUGAUAAAACUAAACCAUUCUGUGUAAACUGUUUUUGACUAAGUUGUUUUAUAAUGUUUUGAGAUCCAUGUGUGUUUUGUGUUUCUAAAUAAAAUGAUUGUUUGCUUUAAAACAAAUAUUGUUAAUGUAUGGAUCCACAAGGCAUUCUUUAUUUUCAGUCAUCACUUAUAUCUACAAAACCUUGAAAUACUAGUAGUAUGGUAUUCAAGUAAACAGAUCAUAUAUUUAAAGUAGACUAUCCAAAUAAAUGAAAAACAGUUUUUUAAUUAAUAUUUUAGCUCUUUUAAAACAAUAUUUAUAAAACUUUGAUUUGGAUAACUUUUCUAUUUACAGGUUGUAUGUUUUGAAAUAAAAUAUUAAGGUUCUGCUUUUUUAUAAAACUUCUUUGUGAAAAGGAAUAUGAACGUAGCUAUUUUGUGCUUUGUUUGACACUUUGUAAAGUGUGAAAAAUGUCAAGUUUCACAUUUUAUCAUAACUAAAGUUUGACAGUCAUGGUAUGUAGUUUAUUAUGUAAUAUAUUUAUUUUUAAAGUGUAUGAGU